AUGGUAAGUUAUCGCCAUCAAGGCGAGGCCGCGAGGAAGAGCGGGUGGGACGACGAUGUGAUGACUUGGGGCAAAAGUGAGGCAAAAGUUCUUGACGACCUGACUCUCGGCUUUCAGGGUGGCGAUCUACAGCCGUGGGAGAAGCUAGAACAUUCUCAGACCACCUGGACACGAUGA